AUGUUCUCGGAGAAAAUCAUGACGCUGCCGCCGGGCGUCAAUGGCGCGCCGUCGCGGCGAGCGCGCGGCACCUCGGUCAACGAAACGCCCGCCACGAGCACGUACAGAGACGACCUGCGCGAGGAGCGGCGGCGCGUGCACCACGAGGCCGAUGUGGUUAUUGUCGGCGCGGGCAUUGUCGGAUGCGCGGCUGCGGUGGCAUUUGGCAAGCAGGGCCGCAGUGUCAUUCUGCUGGAGAAGAGUCUGAAGGAGCCGGAUCGAAUUGUGGGCGAGCUGCUGCAGCCUGGCGGCGUGAAUGCGCUGAAGAAGCUGGGCAUGGAGGACUGUCUUGAGGGCAUCGAUGCGAUUCCCUGCUACGGCUACCAGGUCUCGUACCACAACGAGCCCGUACACGUCCCCUACCCCGACAACCUGAUCACCGAGAAGCCAUCGAAGAGGCCUGAGGGCCGCUCCUUUCACCACGGCAAGUUCAUCUCGAAGCUCCGCGCCGCCGCCCAGGCCGCCCCCAAUGUCACCGUCGUCGAGAGCACCGUCACCGACAUGGUGAAGAACGGAUACACGGGCCAGGUCCUGGGCGUCGAGUGCCAGACCAACGGCGAGAAGGACUACUACUUCGGCGCGGUCACGUUGGUCGCCGACGGCUACGCCUCCAAGUUUCGCAAGCACUACCUCCCCAACCAGCCCGAGGUUCGCAGCAAAUUCUGGGGCCUCGAGAUGAUCGACGCCGAGCUGCCCAUGCCCUACCACGGCCACGUGAUCCUUACCGACGCACCCCCAAUCCUCAUCUACCAGAUCGGCACCCACGAGACCCGCAUCCUCGUCGACAUCCCUGAGGGCCUGCCCAGCGCCUCCGUCAAAGCCGGCGGCGUCAAGAACCACAUGCUCAACGUCGUCGUCCCCAACCUGCCCGAAUGCGUCCGCCCGUCCUUCCAGCGCGCCGUCGAAGCAGGCAAACUGCGCUCAAUGCCGAACUCGUUCCUGCCGCCCUCGACCCAAAACACGCGCGGCCUGAUCAUGCUCGGUGACGCAAUGAACAUGCGCCACCCGCUGACCGGUGGCGGCAUGACGGUUGGCUUCAACGACGUCGUAACCCUCUCGUCGCUCCUGUCCCCCCAAAAUGUCCCCAACUUCGAGGACACAGACGCCGUCCUCGCACAGAUGGGCCGCUUCCACUGGUCCCGCAAGAGCGGCUCGAGCGUCAUCAACAUCCUCGCCAUGGCGCUUUACUCGCUCUUCGCCGCAAACAGCACGCAUCUCACCGCGCUCAAGAACGGCUGUUUCCGCUACUUCCAGCUCGGCGGCCGGCACAUCAGCGAGCCUGCUGGGCUGCUUAGCGGCCUGAUUCGCAACCCCGCUGUCUUGGUGUUUCACUUCUUCAGCGUCGCCUUCUAUGCGAUCAUGUGUCGUGCGCGCCAGGUGCCGCUUUGGAAGGUCCCGUACACGCUGCUCGUGGAGAGCGUGUUGAUUAUCUGGACCGCUGCGAGCGUUAUUGGGCCGUAUCUUGUAUGGGAGGUUAGGCGGUAG